UUCCCAGCAUACAUCUGCAGGAAAAUCCUGAGAGCGAAGAGGUUCACUUCAUAUAAGACGCUGUUAUAGAGAUCACUCACAUACAUACACGCACACACACAAAGAGGAGGACAGAACUGCCCGCUACGUACCCACUACUCAGGUGUGUACGUCAGUUUGCUUUCUUAGCCCAGGAUGAGUAGCCCUAGUGGAGAUGGACAGUCACCUGAGAUGAUCAACAGGAAUAAUGGCUCCACGAAAGCCCAGUGGAUGGCUGAAAGAGAAGACAGCAUCUAUUUGGACAGCGACAACGCAGCUGCGCUAGCAGAAGGUUUUGCCUCCGAGGCCACACUGCCAAUCAAAUCUGGAUUUUUGGAGAAGACUCCUCCCCAAGGGGGCCUGCCUUUCCAGAAACGUUGGGUGCAGCUGGAUGCUGAAUACCUGAGAUACUUCCAGAAUGAGAAGGAUGUUUACUCCAAGCGAAUGAUCCCCAUCAGCUCCAUGGUCAGCAUCGUCCCUGCUGGUCCACAGAAGUUCGAGGUGGCCACAAAGAACAGGACCUUCGUGUUCCGAGCACAGAGUGAAUCGGACAGGAAUGAAUGGUUGUCCCUGCUACAGAACAUGCUCCAGAAACGGUACAGCAGUGCAGGAAUGCCCCCUGAACCCUGCAGUCCUGUGCUUAUGCAUGGCAACCUGGAGCUACGUGGAGUCCACAGUAAACUAUACGUCACUGUCAAUGAAGACAAGCUCAUCCUGUACAGAAACGUGGAUGAAUACAAACUGGGAAUCGGCAUCACAUCUAUACAAAUGAAGCUGGGGUGUGUAAAGGAUGCUGACAAACGGGCAUUUAACCUUGUUACCCCUUAUAGGGUGUUCAGCUUUGUGGCAGAGUCAAUGCCGAUGAAGGUCACCUGGAUGAAAACUAUAGAGUUCGCCAUUUCCUCUGCUCUGUCUACUAACGCUCUGGUCAAUAAAGUCUGGGCUCAGGAGUCCAAUCGUUUCUGUGCCGACUGCGGGGCAGCGUGGCCUGAAUGGGCGUCCAUCAACCUCAGUGUCAUUAUCUGCAGCAACUGUGCAGGGCAGCACAGGUGGCUCGGUUCCUGUGUCUCUAAGGUAAGGAGUCUCAGGCUGGACCAGAGUGUGUGGACCGAUGAACUCGUCCAGGUGUUCCUAUCGCUGGGAAAUGGCAGAGCAAACUCAUUCUGGGCUGCAAAUGUGCCCCCUAGUGAAGCACUGAGCCCCUUCAGCCACGAAGAGGACCGCAAGUCCUUUAUCUUUGCGAAGUACCGCCAGGGGAAAUACCGCUGCUACCACAAGCUCUUUGGCCAGCAGAAGGCGCUCGAUAAUGCUUUGUGCUCAAACGUGCAGACGGAUGACAUCUUGGAGACCCUGUCGCUGCUCUUCUGUGGGGCCGAUGUGAACUGCAACAUGGGUCACUCAGACGUCCCCUCUCCCAUCUCUUUGGCCAGAAGUUAUAACCAGCACCUACAGGUAGAGCUUCUGAGCCAGAAUCAAAACACAGAGGUGCCCCGUUUGGAGGUGGAAUAUUCCUUGGACAGGCUGGAGGAAUCCCCGGCCUUAAUCAUGUACAGUGGGAACCUGUACAAGAUGGGCUCGACCACACGGCCAAUCACUGAGCAGAAACCCAGAGAAGAGUUCAGCUUCCGCUGGUGCAUCCUGAAAAAUGGCAAACUGAGCUAUGGAAACUUCAGAAGCUCCACCCCCAGCAGGCAGCUGAGCGUGGAGGACGUCCUGUGCCUGUCCGUCGAUGCCCCAGGGAAACAUGGCUAUGAGCACACUUUUGAGAUCUGCACAGACUCGGAUCGUCUGUACCUUUUCGGAGACGAUGACCCAGACACAGUACGGGAGUGGAUCAGGUCAAUCACCAAGGCGUUCCUCCCGGCCAACGUACAGGACUUGGCAGAAACGGCCUUCCGGCGUGUUGGCCGACUCAGGUACCGUGUUGGGUUGAUGCAGGAGGUGUCCAGGCUGGGUUGGUUUUCUCUAGCGGGCACCAAGCUUUACGGGCGGCUGGCAGAUGGAUCUGAGGAGAAGAUCGAGCUAUGCAGGCUUCAAGAGCUCUCUGUUCAGCAGGACCAGAAUAGACUGGUGUUGCUGGAAAGAGGCAGGAUGCUGGUUCUAGAGAGUGAGAAGAAGCUGGACUUCCAGGGCUGGAUGUCAGACAUCCAGCAGGCCGCAUGCCGAGCUGGGGACUCCCUCACGGAGCAGCAGCUCACCAGUGGCGACAUUCCUGUCAUCGUGGAACGCUGUAUCAACUUCAUCAUGCAGUUUGGGCUGACAUCACAGGGGAUCUACAGGAAGUGCGGCGUGAACUCCAAGAUAUCCGCCAUACUUGAGAGCUUCCUGCAGGAUGCCCGCAACACACAUCUGAAGGAGGGCGAGCACCAUGUGGACGACGUGGCCGGAGUCCUUAAGAGGUUCUUCAGGAACGUCAAGGAGGGCAUCUUCACCAGCCAGGGGGCCCCUAACUGGCUUCACGCUAUAGAAAUAAAAGAGCAGAGUCAGAGAAUUGCACAGUACCAGACUCUCCUGAACGCUCUGCCGCCAGUCAACAAGGCCACCCUUCGAACCCUGAUCAGCCACCUGUACUGCAUUCAGCAUUCUGCAACCACAAACCAGAUGAACCGACACAACCUGGCCAUUGUAUUCGGUCCCACCCUGUUCCAGACUGACGGCACCAACAACACUGGCAGCCGAGUCAUAGAGGAGCUCAUCCAGCACUAUGUGGCUGUCUUUAACGUCAGUGAAGAACAACUGCAAAAAGAGGUGGAUGAAGUGAACUGGUUCAUGAAGACUAAUACAGAAAACUUCAUGGUGAGAACACCACCAGACCCUGGAUCUGAGAUGAUCUUCACGGUGUACCUGGAAGAGGCAGGCCAGAUAAGAGAGCUGCACAUCAAGGUGUGUCCCACCCUCAGCGCCGCCGCCAUGACCUCAGAGAUGCUAGAGAAGCAGAGCAUUACCCCACAGGAACGGGACUACUGGAGCAGCUUUGAAGUCAACAAGACUGAGGACACAGAACGUGCACUGCAUCACCUGGAGAAGGUGUUUCCCCUCUUGAGCUCAGGCAGCACUCUGGUGGUUAAGAAGGACGAUGCCAUGGAGACCAUGCUCACAUACCUGGCCAGCAAAACCAACAUCUCAAAGUACAAGACCAUGAAGGUCAGGGAGGGCAUCUUUAAGGGCUUCCAAGACCGCUACGUCACCCUCAGUGGCACCACAAUCAGGAUCUACAAGGAAGCACAGAGCGUCCGACCUGAGAGGGAGCUGCCAGUAAAAUCACUGACUCUGUACCAGGGCAUCAAAAAGAAAUUGAAUCCCCCAACAAGGUGGGGCCUUACGGUGGUCAACAAACAGGAGAAGCGUCAGUGCUACCUGUGCUGUGAUUCGGAGACAGAGAUGAGGGAGUGGAUGUCCAUCUUUAUGAGCAUCCAGUAUGACGGUGACGUUUGGCCGGCAAACACACAAUAAGCUUCUACCAAGCCUUGUGAUCAGACGUUGACAGGGAGGGGAGCGAGUCCUGGGACAUUAAUAUGAUCAUAAUAUGGAGAAUAUUUCACGACUGUGAAUAAAAAUACAUUUUAUCCAA